AUGAAAUCCGUGGAGAAUAUUUGUCUCAUCGUGGCAUUCGUGAUUAUGGCUAUUAUGGACCUUGUUGGAAACACCCUGGUGGUUCUAGUGAUUCGUUUAAACAAGUCCAUGAGAACGCCUAUGAAUACGCUUUUGCUUAACUUGGCCGUUGCUGAUAUGGUGGUAGCAGUGUUUGUCACAAUACGGUUCGUCAUUGGGCCAACAUUCGAACACCCAUCUGGAACAACAGGCUUGUUGCUUUGCAAGUUCAUUACAGGAGGACCGAUGUCUUGGUCAGCAGCUGCAGUAUCUGUGUUUACCCUGGUUGUAAUUUCCAUCGAAAGGUGAAUUUUGUUUGUUUUCCAACUAAAUAUGAGUUGGCAAAAUAGAUACAGUGCUACACCAACGCGGCGAAAUCUUUUAGACGCGCUAAAGAUUUACACCCUUAUCAAUCUUAAUCCAACUGUAAUGCCUCUAUACUAUAUAUUUGACAACGGUUACUAACGUACCAAGAAAAAGGACUUGAACAUGUAUUACAACAGGAACAAACAUAAUUCAGCUAAAUUAAGAUUGUAGGCUUGUAGUAAUGAUUAAUUCAGGUCAUUUCCACAUUAGACCACAUACGUUUUAAUUGCUCCACUGAAAAACUUCAUAUUUCCAGAUUUAAGUUUACAUCAUAAAAGCCUGUUCCUCUUUGGAAAUGAUAUCAAAAUCUAUUAUUUAAUUUGCAGGAAGGGUCACACAAGCUUAUAAGCAGUGAGGUUACUCAAAUCUACAGCGAGCGAGUAUUUGAGUCACUAAGGCAAAACAAAGCCGCUUCAGGAUUAAACUUCCGUUCCUUGAUAAAACUGUUUUAAUUCUACCAGUCCAAUUCUUCUCCUCCUAGAUAAAAAUAUCGAUGACUUCACUUCAUUAUUGCAUCAUUAUGCUAUUUAAAUUUAUGACUAACUCAACUGGCUUAUAAAAGUCAAUAACCAUAACUUGCAGAACAACAAACUUAAAUACUCAAAUUACGAUCGUGCAAUGGGCCUUUGUCACACGGCGGCCAUUUUGUCCCGAGAGACUAAAGUAGCUUUCUUUUACCUGUCCAGCCAAGCACCCAAGUUUUUCACUGCGAGGUCGAGGGUGAUAAAACAAAGCUGUUUCAGUCUCUCGGGACAAUAUGGCCGCCGUGCGAAUAAGGCAUAUAGGCCAUUUGUACUAUGGCGUCACUUUACUACUACGACCAGAAUCCUUUUCGAUUUUCUUUUCAAGUUUAAAUUUGGUAAUCCCAGAGAGGUUAAAAUAACAAAAGCCCUAAUUUGCACAAGAAAGCAAAAAACUGUAGGAUUCUGUUCGUACUAGUCAAAUGGCGUCGUUAUGUAAAUGGCCCGUGCAAUUGUCUAAUUUUCACUCAGUGUCUGGAUUUAUCUAGUUAUUUAUUUGUUUUUCAAAUUAACAAGACAUAAUUUGUUCCACUUCCACACUGAUGAUACUUCUCCGUUCUUUUUCUUUUAUUCUUUUGUUUAAGAUAUAACGCAGUAGUAAAGCCGCUGGCUAGCCGUUCAACACUCACGAAAACCAAGCUGAAGCUCAUCAUCACCGGUUGCUGGUUAUUUGGGUUCUUUUGGAAUAUUCCUAAUUUUGCUGUCAAGACUUAUAGGGCGGAUCUAGGGACCUGCGGUGAGCAGUGGCCUGGUCAGAUCUUUCCAAUAGUUUACACUUUUGGGUGGAGUGUAGUGGCUGGAAUCGUACCCAUUAGUUUAAUGAGCUAUCUGUACUCAAGAGUGGUUUACAAGCUGUGGUGUGAAGUGACGCCAGCUGUACCAUCUACACCACUGGUAUGCACUACUGAACAACAAAAUGUUCUGACGUAACCUUAGUAUAGCUGGUGGGUAAUUCCUUAGAGCGCAAUGAAACUUUCAGCUACCACACGGGUCUCGCUAAGGCUUUCUGAAAUUCUUCGUCUUUGCUCAAAAAAUAACAAAUCGAACUACUUGUAAAUACAACACCAAAUUGUUUAUAAUAGUAACUUAAUGCGGCAAGUUAUAACUGUACGGAAAAGAAGAUUCAUUCAUGAAAGUUUUAUCAAAAAUGAUCAUCAAUGGGAAAUACGACUUUUUCGAAAUUUGACCUUGGUUGUUUUUGAGUAUGCAAGAGAUCAGCAAGUGGAUUUGACCCACACUGGUACUAUCGUUACGUAAACAAGGCAUUCAACGCAAGACAUUUUCUUAACAAAAAAAAACAAGGGAACAGACUAAAGUAGCCGACGCUAUGGCUUCAGUGAUGAUCACUGAGUGAGGAAACGAUUUCCUUUGUGAAUUAUAUCUAAGUCCAGCUAUAAGGGAAGACCGAAAUUCACUGAAUCAAUUUCUAAAUGCAUUGGUAAUACUAAUAAGCCAAUUCAGCCACUAGAAAACGUCAUGGUUGCUUAGUGAAGACCUGCGGUAAAAGGUCAAACCAUGGCCUUUACUAACAAAUAAGACCAUAACGAGACAAACGAAAACCUUUCAUAACAAAACAAAAGCUGAAAAUGAUUUACGCUGGUGUUACCAAAAGUGUGUUUCCUUAGCUGGUUAAUCCCUAUCCUUUUCUUACUUACUCGACCUCUUCAUCCCGUCUAAGACAUGCAGCCGCAAUAAAACGUCGCCAAUGAAACCUGUCCUGUCAUUGCUGGCCAGCGUUUUUCCCAGUGUUAGAUCGAACUCCUCCGGCUCUUUCAUCACUGUUCUCUGCCAAGUUGUUUUUCACCGGCCUAUUUUCCUUUUUCUAGUUGGAGUCCAUCCCAAAGCAACUUUGGGUACCCUGUCACUGGGCAUCUUUAUGACAAGACCAAGCCACCGCAGCCAACGACUGUGAUUCUUGAUUCUUGAUCUGUCUUCUUAUGCAUUUUCUCAUUAGUAAUCUUGUUGGUCCUUUGGAUAUUACAGAGGCAGUGGUUAUGAGAGAAAUCGACCUUUUUCAUAUCUCCUUUCGUUUCUCUCCAGCGCUCAGAGCGAUACUAAAAGACAACCUUAACAUUGCUGUUGUAAAGCCUGAUCUUAUAGUUUUGGGGCUGUUUUGCUUAGACGCCCAGAUGUUGCACCUCUGGAUUUGUUAGGCGAGACCAAAAGCCAUAAUAAGGCCAUGAUUAUGGUUUUUGGCGGGACUUCAUGUCUUUAUGGGCACCCUUUUUCCUACUUAAAAGGCUUCCAAUAUAGGUAAAAUUUUCAAUGCACUCCAGUUCCUCCCCACUGAUGGUGAUUGGGAGUGAUGUAGGGGCAUGCGCGUACAUCAACCUAGGUCUUUCUAAGGUUGAUAAACAGACCGGUUUGCCUUGAAAAAUUGCUUAGUUCGUCAUAUCUUUCCUGGAGUCCAUGGAGACGAUCUGAGGUUGCUUCAAGCAUCAGCCAGUUGAUGGCUACUUGAAACAAGAUUGAGAAAGAAUACAAACCUGUCUUUCUCCAGACUUGACGGUGAAUGACUCUGUCGGAGCAUUCUUCAAGAUGACACUACAUUCAUAGUGUACAUAAUUUCCCUAUGAUAGAAACAAUGUUAGGUGGUCAUCCGCAUUCCCUCAGGAUCCUUCAAAGACUCUCACAUUGAACACGUAAUUUCGAAAUCUUUCUCAAAAUCAAUGACGUUGAUAAAAAAGGAAACAUUCUACUCAGUGCAUUGCUUAACAAUGUUCCGGAUAGCAAAAACUCGAUCUAUGCAGCCUCGGCCUUUGCGAAAUCUAGUCUAUUACUGCCUCAACUCAGGAUCUAUGGCACUGUCAAUCAUUUUGAGAAGUACUCUACAGAAGACCUUGCUGGGGAUGGACUGAGAUGUCAUGCCCUGCCAGUUGCCACAAUUACUGAGAUCCUCCCUCUUUGGGAUCUUAAAUAUAAGCCCAAUGAACCAGUCUUUAAAAAACACUUCACGAUUCCAGAUCUUAGCAAAGAGCUCGGUAAGCACCAAGGAUGCAGUGAUGGUAUCUUCCUUUAGUUAUUCUGCUUGAAGCGAAUCAAUUCUGAAGCAAUUCCACUUGGGCCAGAGAGGGUUGGUCAGUGUUAAUGUUGAGAUCGUUUUAAGGGUCAUCAGGCUCUGACAGGUUACGCACUUCUUUGAAAUGCUGAAUCAGUCUUUCAGCCUUUUCCCCUUUCAGAUGUUAUCACUUUCCCUUCCUUAUCUUUAACUGGCUUGGUGCAGGUGUUACUUUGUCCACGAAACUGAGUAGUGAUCCCGUACACAGUGUUGAGGCCUCCCUUAGCUGCAGCCUUCCUUGCUUCACUAGCUAGCUCCUCCACACCACUUGAAUGUGCGUUAUCUUUCCCUGAGAAAAAGGAUAGUUGAGCCAUUGCGUGUCACUCUAUACCUCCAGACCAAGUCCAUCGCGAACAUGGUGCGCACAUUCCAUGCUCCAAUGCAGAUGGUAGUUCGGGUUCCCAAAAAGCUCUAAUUCAAAUUCCGGACUUCCUGAGUUGGGCUUUUAUUCAGAAUUGUCAUGGAGCCACUUUUUUCGUUAGAGUUUGCUAGCUAGUUUCCUGGACCCAGCGUUUCUGUGGAUAGUGUUGUUGCAGUUUUGGUAACAAGUUGUUGUUUUGUUGGGUGGGUUUUCUAGGCCCAUACACCACCCCUAACCUGUUAGGACCAGGCGCUGCUUUUAGUUUGUCCUUUCAGUCUUUUGUAACCAGCCCGUCUUGGUUGGACCUGCCUGGAGCUUAGGCCUCGCCUGUAUUACAGCAGUGCCAUUACGGCACGCAAGCUCCCCCAGCACGAGACGGUAACAGCGCACCAAACAUUAAAGAAACUGCCAAAUUUAUCGUAAUUCUAACAGUAGGAACUGUCACCAAAUUGAGUUGAGUUGAAAUAGUUUUUUAGUAAGAUCAUGUAUUGAUAACGAAUUUUAGCGCUCGAUGAGUCUUGUAAAUGAGAUCGAUGACGUUGUAUAUAUUUUAACAGUUUUAAGCUUUUUUAUAUUUAUAGGAUGUUAUUAUUUAUUUAGGACUCACUAUUGUAAGAUUCUGUUAUAUUAUAUUAUAUAUUAUAUUGUAAAUACACAAUUCAGCUUAGUAGCUGCAAGCUUUUUACAAAUAAACUAUCUAUCUCUAUCUAUCUAACUUGAACAUAAAAAAGGCCGUUCAGAACAUGAAAAGAAGGUAUAAACAAAAAGGCAAAUACAAAAGACGGCACGAAUGACCAAACUUGAGGGAGAUUAAAAAGGAUUCUAGUUCAUCUAAGAGUUUUGAAAACCUGUCAGCCUAAAAAGUUUUUUAAGUUCAUCUUUGUUCUUUUUAACGUUUGAUGUACGGCUGGGGAAGCAUAUUCGUUGGACAAAAAGCUGGGAUUUUUCCGUCGUUUAACAGUUAUUUCUAUUUAACAAAUAAGAAAACGUAAUGAUAUAAAUAAUCUGAGCUACAAAGCCGUGAAAAAGCCUCUUCAAAUGUCAGAUCAUGAACUGAUUGUACCGAUGUCAGUGAUGCUUUAAGAAUUAGCUCCUUCUCACCCUGGGGGAAUAUAGCACAAACAUUGGUCAUAAAUCAGAUGUAAAUGCUGUCGGGUUGUUCAUAAAGUCGGCUGGAUGCGUGACAUUAGACACUGAUCCAAAUCCCUCUUUUGCAGAGAAAAGCCACAUUGGCCAAAAAGAAAGCUACUAUAGCGGUGAUAACGGUUAGUAUAAUCUACACUAUUUGUUGGGUGCCAGUCUGUGUGAUGUACUGCUUGAUACAAUUGUCACCGCACUUGAUGUUACUUAGCUACCAACACAAAGUCACCAUACUUCUGGCCAUGUUCAACUCCAGUGUUAAUCCAGUGGUUUACAGCUUCACCAGUGCACGGUUUAGAGAACAUGUCAUAAACCUGUUUAGAUGUAAAUGCUGUCGCGUUGUUCUCAAAGUCGAGUGGAUUCGGGACAAUAGACACUGGAGCCCCAGUUCCCCAGGUCAACCUCAGUGA